ACCGAGCUGAAAACAGAUAUCUGGGAAUCAAUGGAAUGGUCAAUGGCAAAAACAAAACAAAUAUUACGACAAGUAUUAUUUUUGGAAAACAAAAUAAAUGAUUAAAGUAGUAGGUACGAUGGACGACUAAUAAUUGUCUAUAGAGUUACAGGUAACGUUAUUGACGUUCGGCCAUGACCGGCAUCGAAGAGGCUGAAGCCCAGCUGUCUGAGAUUGAGCUGUUGACCAGCAUGUUCCCCAGCCAGAACGAGUUCAACAUCAGAGAUCAACUGGCGCUUGCAGAGUUACGGGAGUAUGUGGAAGGCAGGACUGAUUAUCUGCCCUCUUCUAGGCCCGAAUUUGUAAUCCAUCAGAAAAUGGACACCGAGGACCUGAAAGGGUUGUAUGUAUCUCUCUUUAAGGUAACCGUUGCAAUCUCGUGCACAUACGUUGUCGAUUACCCAAACGUUCUACCAGAUAUUUCAGUCAGAUGUCCAGAGCUAAGUCGAGCACAGCAAGCCCGGCUUCACGCGGACAUGAACGCGCACCUGAAGGAGAACUGCUGUGGAGAGGUGUGCAUGCUGUCCGCAGUGGAAUGGAUAAAGGACAAUGCACAUCUCUAUAUCACCAAAAAUCCUGCAGCUCAAGGCCUUCAGAGAGUGUCCACUGAGACCCCACCAGUGGAGGUGUUCACUAGACUCUGGAUCUACAGCCACCACAUAUACAACAAGGUGAAGAGGAAGAACAUUUUGGAGUGGUCCAGCGACUUGGGCCUGUCUGGAUUCUGCAUGCCGGGCAAACCCGGCAUUGUGUGUGUGGAGGGACCCCAAGCUUCCUGUGAGGAAUUCUGGGCCAGAGUGAAAGUUUUGACCUGGAAGAGAAUCAUGAUUCGACACAGGGAAGACAUUCCUCUGCACAGCCAAUCAGGCGGGGAGGGGAAUGUGACCUCACUCCGCAGGUUCUCCGGCUUUGAGGAGGCCAUGUUCGAUCCCCAUGGUAACCGAGGGAAUCACAUGGACCUGGGGCAGCUGUACCAGUAUCUCAAUGAGAGGGGCUGCGGGGAGGUGUUCCAGCUGUACUUUGGCAUUGAGGGGAGGUAGUAGCAAACAGAACAACGCUGACAGAGACAGACUGCAAAUUUUUGCCCCUAAAUUUGAAACAUUUGAAUCCCAGAGACCUGGAAGUAAAAUAAUUUACAAUGGCCUUGCAAGCACAAAAUCUAUUUUUGGAACCUGUAUUAUUGUCAGUGUAAAAAAACAAAAAACAAAACAUUUUGGUCACAAUUUUAAUGUUUUCUGAAAAACUGGUUUUGAAUGUGAAAUUGAGUGUAAUAUCAGAACAAAUGCACAUUGUAGCAUGCAUUCAAUAAAUUUGUGUUAUGUUUUUGUGGCUAGCUACCUGAUUAUUGCUGGAUAAUAAAUGUAAGGCAAUUUAUUUUAGAUAAUUUGUUGGUUGUACAA